CUCUGGUUUUUACUGUGAAGUCAUUUUCAUAUGAAUAUUUCUGCAUAUCUACAUGUUUUCAUUUCCUCUUUGGCCAUAUGUGCCGCUUGGACAGAAGGAUAACUGACCAAGUCUUGGGAUUGGCAUGGAAAGACAACAAAUGAAUAGCUAGCCGGCAGAGAUGCUAAAUCCUUUUGAAUAAGUAUUUCAGACCUACCUAUUCUAGCUUUAGCUCACUUAGUAAAGCAGUUGAAUGCAAAGAAAAAUUAAGGCAUGGCAGAAUAGAUGUGGGAUUAACUUAAAGAAAAAUGAGUAGAGGUUUCUUUCAAAGUCAGCAACACAUAUGGGGAGGAGUAUCAGCUGGAAUUUUGAUACUAUUUUUUGGUUGUUCAAUUUUUUACUGCUUCAAGAGAAAGCUUUUUGCAUGCUUUAGGUUAGCGGAGAACCAAAGAGGAACUCUAAAAGCUGAACAACUGAUGUUGAAGCCCUUCCAGUUGGAACAAUUACAGAAGGCAACUAAUAAUUUCAGUCAAGAGUGUCUGGUUGGUUCUGGUGCAUUUGGAAAUGUCUAUCGAGGGACAUUUGAUGGGGAGGGAACACUAGCUAUAAAGAAGGCGCAUACUGAAUCAUACACAAGUACUGAAGAGUUUGAAAAUGAGAUCAGGUUGGUCUCGAAAGUGAAGCACAAAAAUCUCGUUAGUUUGGUGGGAUUCUGCCAAGGAGCUGGUCCAAAGGGAGCAAAAAUUCUGGUGUAUGAGUAUGUUCCAAACGGUUCUCUGUUAGACUACAUCAUGGGGAGGGGCGGAAGGAGCUUAACAUGGAGGCAGAGAGUGACGAUAGCUAUUGGAGCUGCUAAAGGGAUAGCUCAUCUGCAUGAAGGAAUCAGACCAAGUAUAAUUCACCGGGACAUAAAACCAAGUAAUAUCUUAGUAGGAGAAAAUUUUGAAGUCAAGGUCUCAGAUUUUGGGCUAGUGAAAUCAGGUCCUAUUGGGGAUCAAUCACAUGUUAGCAGUCAGAUAAAGGGCACACCAGGGUACCUUGACCCUGCCUACUGUACGUCUCUCCAGUUGACUCCGUUUACUGAUGUCUACAGCUAUGGUGUUAUAUUACUGCAGCUUGUUGCUGCUAGACCUGUAGUUGAGAAAACUAGAGGUCAUCCUAAUUAUCACAUUAUAGAUUGGGCAAGACCUAGCUUAGAACGAGGAAGCAUCGAUGAAAUAAUAGAUGCUAAUCUCUUAAUGGAGGAAUGCAACAUGGAAAUGAUGCUGAAGAUGGGACAACUAGGACUGAAAUGUGUGGUCAAAGUCCCCAAAGAAAGGCCUACCAUGACUCAAGUGUGGCAAGAACUGGAGACUGCCUUCUUUUCUGCAGAAAAUAUCAUAGAUAAACAACCUUCAAAUGGUUCCUUCAAAUUGUCAAACCGAUCACUCGUAAGGGGAAGCCAUAGAAUGAAACAACUUGAUUAUUCUCAAAGCUCAGUUAGCAUAGACGGCAUUAGAUUGCAGAAAUUUUACAUGGACAUAGAUGGCCUAUCCUUUGGGAGUGCAAAGUUGAGAUGCUUAGAUACCUAUAGUAUAAGCUUUGAAGAUGACUCAUUUGAACUGACAGGAACUUCCGAGGAAACAAGCACAAGUGGAAACAAAGAGCAUAGGCUUAACAUAUAAUAUCAGUUAAAGUUUGAUUAAUGUAAGUCGGCAAAGAACAUAUUUUAGGUUCUCUCUAUUGGGAGUUUCUCCAUUCUCAAGCCUCAAACCCGAGACCUUUGGUUAAAAGGUUUAUAAAAACGGUACCUACCUUCUUUGUAUUUGGCAGAAUAGUAAAAAAGGAAGGGAUCAUACUUUGAUAUUUGAGUUUCAUUGUCAUAUAAAUCUUAUUUAUCCCAUCUUACUAGAACUUAGUCAUUACACUGCAAUCAGCAGCUACUGUAACAUGUGCCUUACUCACAUUGUUGGUCUCAAGCUCGGG